AUGGAAAUUGGCAUGCCACCAAUUCUAGCAUUAUGGACUUCUAAAGCUGAUGUUAUUGUUGGCUUACAUGAUGGAUUGGAAGAAUAUUUAAAUAAUACUGACAAAAAUUGGAUAUAUUCUGGUAUAUAUGCUGUUAUACAAUUCAAUGAAGGAACAAAACAAUAG